UUGGCUAUUUAACUGGACAUCUGAGAUGAACAAGACUUUAAAUACAUUCACUUUUGCUGGGACUUUAAACCUGAGCCUGCAGAGGUGCUGAACAUUAGCUACUCACCUUCCAAAGAAGCAACAUCUCAUACUGCAAGCAAACAUGAACGAGGAAACAAGCAAAAUAAAAGGAGGCCACACUUUUGAGAUAAAUGGUCUAGAAAACCACAAGGACAACAGAAUUUCUUUGAUUUUUUCCCUCAAAGAAGAAGUUGGAGCUUUAGCCAAAGUCCUGCGCAUAUUUGAGGAAAAAGAUAUCAGUUUGACUUACAUAGAGUCCAGGCCUUCCCGUCUCAAUAAAGAUGAAUACCAAUUUUUUAUUAACUUGGAUGACAAAAGCACCCCUGCUUUGGAUGACAUUAUUAGGUGCCUAAGGCAUGAUAUUGGAGCAACUGUGCAUGAACUAUCCGGAAACAAGAGGAAGGAUGCUGUUCCAUGGUUCCCACGCACCAUCCAAGAUCUUGAUAAAUUCGCCAAUCAGAUUCUGAGCUAUGGAGCAGAACUUGAUGCUGAUCAUCCGGGCUUCACUGAUUCAGUUUAUCUUGCCCGCCGCAAAGAAUUCGCUGAUAUUGCUUAUAACUAUAAACAUGGGCAGCCAAUCCCGCAUGUAACCUACACAGAGCAGGAAAAGAAAACAUGGGGCACUGUGUUCCGAGAGCUGAAGACUCUGUAUCCCACUCAUGCUUGCUAUGAACACAAUCAUGUGUUUCCACUGCUGGAAGAUUACUGUGGAUACAAUGAAAAUAAUAUUCCACAGCUUGAGGAUGUCUCCAAUUUCCUACAAAAAUGUACUGGAUUCCGUUUACGCCCGGUGGCUGGUUUACUGUCCUCUCGAGAUUUCUUGGCUGGGUUGGCUUUCCGUGUUUUCCACUCUACCCAGUAUAUUCGGCACUGGUCAAAACCAAUGUAUACCCCUGAACCUGAUAUUUGCCAUGAGCUUCUUGGACACGCGCCUUUGUUUGCUGACCCAGGUUUCGCUCAGUUUUCACAAGAAAUUGGAUUGGCUUCACUGGGAGCUCCUGAUGAGUACAUUGAGAUGCUGGCUACGGUGUACUGGUUCACAAUAGAAUUUGGAAUAUGCAAGCAAGAUGGCAAGUUAAAAGCCUAUGGUGCUGGCCUUCUCUCAUCGUUCGGAGAACUGCAGUACUGUCUGACAGACAAACCAGAGUUCAGACCUUUUGAGCCUGAAAAGACUGCACUGCAGAAGUACCCAAUUACUGAAUUCCAGCCAAUAUAUUUUAUUGCUGAUUCUUUUGAAGAAGCAAAGGAAAGAGUAAGGAAAUUUGCAACUACAAUCCCCCGUCCUUUCUCUGUUCGCUAUAAUCCCUACACUCAAAGCAUUGAGGUUCUGGACAACAUCCAACAACUGAAGAAUCUUGCAGAGAGCAUUAACAGUGAAAUUGGGAUUCUCUGCAGUGCCCUUAAAAAGCUGGAAUAGACCAGAUCACAUACUAUGUCCACAAAGUGCUUCUUCACACAGGAAUAAAUUCUUUUUUAUCUCAAUUCUGAUGAAAGUGAAGCAAUAAAUGCAACAAUUGCAUAUCUGUAUUCAUUGUGUUUUGUGAAUAUUCAACUGAAAAUUUUACAUAAUGAGAAAAUAUAUGCGUAUUUUCCAUAGAACCGAUCUUGAUCAUGAUCUUCAAACACCAGCAGAAUGAAGGUUAUUCCUAGCCUGUGCGUGAAGCAAUGUUUUUAAGAAAGCUAGCAAUUUCUU